GCCCGACGUGCCGGAGCGAGGACGGCCUCUGCCCGAGCCCUUCUCCCACUGGGCCUGGGGCGAGCCGGCCCCUCCCCUCCCUCGAGCCGAUUGGCACAGUCCAGAAUCAGGCUUCGAGGCAAGGGGGCCCGGGCGUAUCAGAGAAGUGGCAACACACCUAGCCCCCCUCCACGGGAGACUGGCAGCGGCCUCUAGGAGGAUGGGGCGGGAGCGUCAGGAGAUACGAUGGGCACGGGCGGAUAUCUGGCCGCUCGCACCUCGGCCACUGGGGCAGCGGAGCUGGGAUACGUGUGCACAUUCGUGCCCCUAGUGCUCUAGGGAGCCUGUCAGGGUGGCCGAAGGGGGCCGGGGCCCGCGGGGGAGGGCAAAUCCUUUCCAGCCCCGUCCGGGGCGGCCAGAGUAGCGUGGACUGGCCUGAGGGAGGGGGAGGUGGUCUUCUCCGCGGGCCCGCCGAGUGCUGGGGGAAGGGGAGGAGAAAAAGAGGAGUCAAAGGCGCGCCCGGGAGGGGCUUUCCGCGCCCAAGGCUUCUCCUCCAAUCCCUGGUUGCCCUCACGGAGGCUCCGCCCCCGGGAAAGAUUUCCUUCAGGCUCCGCCCCUUCGUGCAGUGAGGAAACUAAGGCAAAUGGUAUUGAGUGACUUCCAGCAUCACACAGACUCUGUCCAUUGGCCAUCUCUCUGCCCUAUACUGGAAUUUUAGAGGAGAGAAAACCCAGAACUUCAGAGGGCAGCCAGGCCAGUCCCUGCUGACCUGGGAUCUCAGUAGCUUUGCCAGAUGACACGCCACGGGAAGAACUGCACAGCAGGGGCUGUGUACACCUAUCACGAGAAGAAGAAAGACACUGCUGCCUCCGGCUAUGGAACCCAGAACGUGCGCCUGAGUCGGGACGCUGUCAAGGACUUCGACUGUUGCUGUCUGUCCCUGCAGCCCUGCCAUGACCCUGUUGUCACCCCUGACGGCUUCCUGUAUGAGAGGGAAGCAAUUCUGGAGUAUAUCCUGCACCAGAAGCGAGAGAUUGCCCGGCAGCGGAAGGCCUACGAGAAGCAGCGAGGGGCCCAGAAGGAGGAACGGCGGGAGCUGAGCCGAGCGGCUGCCCAGGACCAGCUCCGGGGCUUUCUGGAGAAGGAGGCGGCUAUCGUCAGCCGGCCCCUCAACCCUUUCACCCCUCGGGCGGGAGCCAGCCCAGGAGAGCCACAGCCAGGGCCUACCUCGGCCCCCGAGGCAGUGGACAAGGACAAGGCCAAGGAGUUACCGAGUUUCUGGAUCCCAUCCCUGACCCCUGAAGCCAAGGCCACGAAGCUGGAGAAGCCGUCUCGGAUCGUGACGUGCCCGAUGUCAGGAAAGCCCCUGCGCAUGUCGGACCUCAUCUCUGUCCACUUCACGCCCGUGGACGGCUCCGUGGACCGCGUGGGGCUGAUCACCCGCAGCGAGCGCUACGUCUGUGCGGUGACCCGGGACAGCCUGAGCAACUCCACCCCCUGUGCCGUGCUGAGGACCUCGGGGGCCGUGGUAACGAUGGAGUGUGUGGAGCGUCUGAUCCGCAAGGACAUGGUGGACCCCAUAAGCGGGGUCCCCUUGACAGACAAGGACAUCAUCCCACUGCAGAGGGGCGGCACCGGUUUUGCAGGUUCCGGAGUGCAACUGGAAGCGAAGAAGUCUCGCCCCGUGAUGCAGGCCUGAAGGGGCGCGGGGCGCGCGGGGGGGUGGGGGCGGGGGGUUUGCUGGAGCAAACGGAUAAUAAACGUCCUGGCAUCUGGUUGUAGUCCCCAUGUGUCGGGCCCACGCAUCCCUCCUCUAAAAGAGACAGACUCCAGGAGCUUGAGGCCUCAGCUUUUAUUCCAGCCCCCGUCCCGCCCAUCCGUGGGCUCAGAACAUGGGGGUGCGGCCUCAAGGGAGGCAUAAAGAGAAUCGGUUCUUCCUGCCAGGUCGGGCUCAGAUUUCCUACACUCGUGACUUUGGGGGUCCCAGUGCUCAUCCUGACAGGCCUGGGAAAGGCUGGGAGGAGCCGGGAGGGGCCCGGACUUCUACACCCUGAAAGCUAUGGUUGGUGGCUCCUGGGGCUCCCAGGAUUGGGGGGGACAGACGGUCCCCAAGGAAAGCCCUUGAGUGAGGAAGGAUUUUGUGGGGCUCCGUACCAUCAGCCCCAGCCUGGCACAGCUGAGUAAAGGAUAUUUUGCCGA